AUGGGGCCGUUGUCCCCGGGGGAGGUCCUGCUCCGGUGGGACGUCGCCCUCCUGCUGCUGGCGGUGGGAGGCUCCGGCUCCUCCUCCGCCCACUCCCUGCGCUACUUCUACACGGCCCUGUCUGACCCCAGCCAGGGGCUGUCCUUCUUCAAUCAGGUGGGCUACGUGGAUGACCAGCCCAUCACUCGCUAUGACAGCAGCAUCCAGAAGAUGUUGCCCGUAGCCCCCUGGAUGGAAAAGGUGGAGGACUAUGAGUCGGGGUACUGGGAAAGGACUAGCAGGACAUUGCGGAUGACAGACGUUGUCUUCAGAAAAAGCUUGGAGAUCCUGCAGAAUCGCUACAACCAGAGCCAUGGAGGGCUCCACACCCUGCAGUGGAUGUCUGGCUGUGAGGUGGGGCCGGACGGGCGGCUCAGCAGGGGGCUUUACCAGUAUGCCUACGAUGGGGAGGACUUCAUCGCCCUCGACAGGGAGACCCUCACCUGGACGGCCCGCGUCCCCCAGGCCCUGGAGACCAAGCGCAGGUGGGAGGCCGAAACCUAUUGGGCCCAGCGCUUCAACGACUACUUGGAAGGGGAAUGCAUGGAAUCACUGCAGAAGUACCUGGCCUAUGGCAAGGAGGCCCUGCAGAGAAGAGAGGCCCCAGUGUGGAGGGUGACACGCAAGAAGGGCCACGAUGGCCAGGAGACCCUCUUCUGCCAGCUCUACGGCUUCUACCCCAAGGAGAUCGAGGUCACCUGGAUGAAGGACGGGGAGGACCGGAGGCCGGAGACCCUGACGGGGGGUGUCGUCCCCAACUCAGACGGAACCUACCACACCUGGCUCAGCAUCGAGGUGGACCCCAAGGAAAGGGACUGCUACUGGUGCCGGGUGGGACACGACAGCCUGCCAGAGCCCCUGGACUUGGCCUGGGAGGACCCAGCAUCCAACGGGGGGCUCAUUCUGGACAUCCUUGCUGUUAUCCUGGCUACUGCCACUGUCAUGGGGGCUUGGCUCAUCUUCUACAUGAGUAAGUAA